AUGCGCAAAGAGGUUCUGGAUAGACAGAAGGACCUUGAAAAGUCGAACUUGGAAAUAAUUGAGAAGCUCAGAUUAUCCGAUGAGAAAUAUGAGAAACUGUCAAAUGACGUUCAAUCGAAACUGGAUAAAAUUAUUGAAGCACUAAAGCCAGAAGCAUCGUCGGAAAUAGUCGAGAAGAUAAGAUUAUCAGAUGAGAAAAUUGAGAAACUGUCGAAGGAACAUCAGGAGAAGUUUGAUUCGAUUCAAUCGAAACUGGAUAAAGUCGUUGAAACACUGAAACCAGAAGUAUCGUCGGAAAUACUCAAGAACAAUGAUUCUACGACAUCUGGAAAAUACUUUGUGUUGAAGCAUACAUUUGACAACGUUUCUGGCUUUGAAUAUAUAGAACGACGUUUCAGUGAGGACGAAGAGCAUUUUGGUGUUCGAUGGCGAAUUCUUAUGAGUCGGUGCGAUGGAUUUCUCAAUUUAUGUCUCUGGCCUUUAUUACUUCGCAAUACUGAGAAAAAAUGGGAAAUUGAAGUUGAAUACGAACUGAAAAUUGUGUCCCUCAGCCCCAGAGAAAAGAAAAAGAAAAGCCAAGGGAAAAAAGUUUUCAAAAGUGACGAUACUGGCUCUCCAUGGGGAACUGACAAAUUCAUCAAAUGGGACGAACUGGAAAAGGAUUUCGUUGUUGAUGACUGUUUCUGUGUUGAAAUUGCAGUGAAAGUGAAAAAGAUGACUGGAAUUUACAAAGAGAAUCUGAGAAGUUUCGACAAGACAAUGGAAGAAUAUUCGGAUGUUGUUCUAAUUGUCGACGAUCAAAAGUUUUAUGUUUUGAAAAUGAUUCUUGCCACGGACUCGCCGUAUUUCAAGAAUUUGUUCAUGGAAAAAUCAAAUGAAACUGAGAAAUCUGAAAUCCAACUGUCUGGAAUAGAUGCUGACGAUUUUCAGAAUUACCUUGAAGUUCUUUAUGGAAAAGAAGCGAUCGAUGAGUUCACUGUCGAAGGAAUCCUCAUGGUGGCUGUUAGAUACGCUACCCCUGUGGUCAUUGAGUUAUGCGAGAACUUUCUACAGAAGAAAUUGAAGAAGACAGUGAAGACGAAGUUCCAACUGUCUAAGCGAUACAAUUUGCCUGCACUCAUGAAACAAUGUGUCAAAGAAAUCAAAUGA